AAAGGAAGCACUAGAGAAUAGCUCAAAUCAUUCAUUCAUUCUCAUCAACAGCUACAGUUUCCAACAAGAGAGAAAUGGAAACAGUAAGCAAGAUUGAUCAACAAAACCAAGCAAAAAUCUGGAAACAAAUUUACGGUUUUGCAGAAUCACUAGUUCUGAAAUGUGCAGUUCAGUUAGAGAUUGCUGAAACACUUCACAACAAUGUCAAACCCAUGUCGUUAUCCGAAUUAGCAUUGAAAAUUCCCGUUGCUCAGCCCGUUAACGAAGACCGUCUGUUCCGAAUCAUGCGUUACUUGGUUCACAUGGAGCUCUUCAAAAUAGAUACUACCACGCAGAAAUACUCAUUAGCUCCACCAGCCAAGUAUUUGUUAAGAGGGUGGGAGAAAUCAAUGGUUGAUUCAAUUUUAUGCAUAAAUGACAAGGAUUUCUUAGCUCCGUGGCAUCAUUUAGGUGACGGUUUAACCGGUAACUGUGACGCUUUUGAGAAAGCGUUGGGGAAGAGUAUUUGGGUUUACAUGAGUGAAAAUCCUGAAAAGAAUCAAUUGUUUAAUGCGGCAAUGGCUUGUGAUACUAGAUUGGUUACUUCUGCAUUGGCUAAUGAGUGCAAAAGUAUUUUCAGUGAUGGAAUCAGUACAUUAGUCGAUGUCGGCGGAGGUACCGGUACUGCAGUGAAAGCCAUAUCUAAAGCAUUUCCGGAUAUUAAGUGCACUAUCUAUGACCUUCCUCAUGUCAUAGCUGAUUCUCCUGAAAUUCCCAAUAUUACUAAAAUUUCUGGAGAUAUGUUCAAGUCUAUUCCUAGUGCUGAUGCCAUCUUCAUGAAGUGCAUACUUCACGACUGGAACGACGAUGAAUGCAUUCAAAUCUUGAAGAGAUGCAAAGAAGCAUUAUCAAAAGAUGGCAAAGUUAUUAUCCUGGAUGUCGUGAUAGACAUGGAUUCAACUCAUCCAUAUGCAAAAAUUAGACUCACGCUGGAUUUGGAUAUGAUGCUUAACACUGGUGGAAAAGAGAGAACCAAAGAAGAAUGGAAGAUACUUUUUGAUGCCGCUGGUUUUGCUAGCCACAAAAUCACUCAGAUAUCUGCUGUCCAAUCUGUAAUUGAGGCUUACCCUUAUUAAAGAACAUUUUACCCGGUUUUCCCUUUGAUUAAUUGUUGCUUUCUCUCUCUUUUGGAUUAUGUUUGUGUUUAUAAUAAUUGCAAGAUGAGUGAAUUUCCAACUUGCAUUGAAUUUGAAUCGAUGUUUUCCGUUUACUUAACUUUGUGCUAUUUUGAGGGGACUUUUUCUUAAA